AUGACAGCAAGCGCUGGAACCCCCCCCCCCCUCGACCGUCACAGCCUCUUUUUCAUUGCCGACCGGUCCACGGGUGUGCGGUUCCUUGUGGAUACAGGAGCUGCUGUGAGCGUUCUUCCAGCUACUCCGGCCUACCGGCCUCCAGCCUACUUUUGCGCGCCACUUACCGUCACAACGGAUCGCGGUGGGCAGUUUUGCAGCUCUCUUUUCACCAACCUGUUGCGUUCCCUUGGUACCAUUCAUCACACAACAACGGCCUACCACCUUUCUUCCCACGGCAUGGUGGAAAGAUUCCAUCGCACGCUGAAAUCAGCACUCAUGGCCACUGACACCCCUCCUCUGUGGUUUGAACGGUUACCCCUUGUCCUCCUCGGCAUCCGCACUGCUUUUAAGGAGGAUAUGGGCUGCUCCCCGGCAGAGAUGGUAUACGGAACACCGCUACGUCUGCCCAGUGAGCUGGUCGCAUCCCCGUCACACUCUUCAGGCCUCGUUCCUCAGCUCUUCGUCGACCGCCUGAGACACGCUAUGCGGGCCUUGCGCCCUUCACCGCCACGAUGUCCCUCCGCACGGCCAGAGUAUUCGCCACCCGGCCUUGGCACCUGA